AUGUUUGCAGCUUCAUCAAAUUUGUUUGCAUCUGCUAACUCUGUCAUAAAGUUCAAUGGGCUUAAUUAUGGGGAAUGGUUCGAACAGAUCCGGUUUACACUGGGUGUUAUGGCAUUGGACUCUGCCAUAUUAACUGAUGAGGAGCCCUCAGCCAUUACAGAAGAUAGCUCUGAAUCUGAAAAGUCUCGAUAUGAGAGAUGGGAGCGAUCUAACAGGCUGAGUUUGAACCUCAUGAAGAUGACGAUGGUGGAAAGUAUUAAGCCAUCUAUGCCUAAGACAGAGAAAGCAAAGGAAUUCUUACAGAAAAUUAAGGAGUGUUCCCACUCGGAUUUGGCUGACAAGUCAAUUGUAGGAAGCUUAAUGAACGAGCUUACUACAAGAAAGUUUGACUGGUCUCAGCCAAUCCAUGAUCAUGUGACGCACAUGUCUAACUUGGCAGCAAAGUUAACGACCUUGGGAAUGGAGGUUCAUGAACAGUUCUUGGUCCAAUUCAUCAUGAACUCUCUACCUUUUGAGUUUAGCCAGUUUCAAGUGAAUUACAACACCAUUAAGGAUAAGUGGAACUUUAAGGAAUUAAAGGCUAUGCUGGUUCAAGAGGAAGGGAGAUUAAAGAAGAUGAAUGAUCUAGUUGCAAACCUCGUAGGUCAUGGAAGUGCCAGCAGCAAUAAAGGAAAACCAAGUAGAAAGGACAAAGGAAAGGCUUUCAUGAAAUGA